UUUCUCCAUUUGUGCGUCCAGUCAUGGCAUUUGUUUUCCUACUACAAGAGCUAUGAGGCUGUGCAUAAAACGACGCAAAGGAGCGACAAUCUCUUGAAAGCAAAUAGUUACAUGAGGAGAAAGUGUGGCUUGGCAAAAGUGUGCCCUUCGCAUGCACAUGUAUAAGCACAUAUGUAUAUAAUCGCAUAGGUACAUAUGCAUGUACGUCCGCAUGUGUGCGUAGCAAUUCCACGUUGCCCCUAUAAGGUGUAUCCCACCUGUAGCAAACUCAAAGCCGUGAAGGCGAGCUUGCCAUUUUGCCUCACACCCAUCCUUCCUGCGAAAUACAAACAUGUCAUUUGACGAUUUGACGGACAACACGAGGUCCGUCCGGAACAUCCCGGGGGCUAAGUUCAUAGAACACGUCACAGAAUUUCUGCAAAACAAAAAUGAGGAAACGGUUCUUCGCCUGGCCAAGGAGCUCCUAUUGAAAUACAAAUUCAUGGAGCACACUUUUGUAACUAGACAGAUAAACACGGAGAAGAAAAUCCCCGAAUUGAAAGAUGCCCUAAAAGUAGUAAACGCCCUUUACAAAAGAAAGGAAAUGAACGAGAGCAAAAACUUGGAGCUGUAUUUUCCCUUGGAGGAGUCCCUGUACGCCAGGGGAGUUAUCGACAAAACGGAUCACAUUUUACUUUGGCUGGGGGCCAACGUGAUGGUUGAAUUCCCCUUUAAAGAGGCAGUGGAGCUACUGAAUCACCACUUAGAUAGGGCUGUAAAUCUGUACGACGAAAUGGACAAAGAGCUUCAGUGGCUGCACGAGCAAAUAUCAACCACAGAAAUUAACAUAUCGAGAAUUCACAAUUAUGUGGAGAUGAAAAAAAAGAACAAAGAAAAGGACGUUGUUGAAGCUCAGGGCUAA